AGUUCGCGUUUGAACUUCAUCGUGAGUGGAUUUGCUGCUGCAAAGUCAAACGUUUUCUGAGCUUUUCUGUCGCGAUUGCAAGUGCAAGUGGUGAUUCAAUCUUCUUGUUUUCCAUUUCUAUCUCCUCCUUGCGCUUCUUAUUGGUUUUGUUUUUCGGGAGAUAUCUAAUCAAGUGAUUUGUUGAAGGUGGACUGUGUCACUAAAUGCUGACUCUCCUCAAUGGAUGUGACGGAAGGUCCAGCACCUGUGAAUAAAACAAGGAGUUGAGUUACCCGACAGAUCACACUUGAUAGAACUUUUGUGAGUUUUUGAAGGUGAAUUUGAGAAAGGAUUCACCAAAUUGGGUUUUGCUUUGUGCAGAGACUUAAGUGAAUUUUCCGUGAUUAACUUGUGGAGUGAUUUUGUGGUGGCAAAAGAGUAAAUUCGUCUGACGAAGUCACAUCCUUCUGAGUAGUGGACACAAGGAAGAACAACUGCGAAGAAAAUUUACCGAACAAGUAUAAUUAGGAUCCCGCCUACUGGCAACACCUUAUCACCCAAUAACAGGACUACCUGCCUUUCAAAAAAAUGCUACUGCUGCUCCACAUUGCACUUCUUCUCCUCACCUUCAGCACAGAUUAUGGUGAAUCAGUCGAUCCAAUUGGUACUGGAGGGCCCACAAUAAUUGCCGAGGGGUCAGAUGCUCUGUUAACAUGUGUUAUCAUGGGAUCUUUUGCCAAUGACACCGUUCUGUGGCGCAAGGGUCCCAAUGAGAUUCUCUCAGCUGGAAUCAAUCGUGUCACGAGUGACAAGAGGAUCAGCAUCCUCCAUGAUGACUCUCCAAAAGGACGAACCCCAACAGGUGGUGAUGUGUGGGUGCUGCUGAUAAGAGACGCCAAACCCACCGACACGGAUGUGUACGUGUGUGAGGUGAACAGUGAUCCUGUUUUACGUAGUUUUCAUCCCCUCAGAGUUAAAAGUCUCAAUGGUACCACAAAUAGCUCCGCGGAGGAUUAUGUGGAUGGUGGUGCAUCCGGGAAUUCAGCAGAAGAGACGACACCCAUUACUGCCCUCGUCCAUGAUUUUACAGACUGCUGUACAGCUCAAAAUGUAUCCAGCAAGUGCAUUGGUUACUGUACAGUUCACAAUAUCCUAGAUGGCACCACUGGCAUUGACCCAGAAUCCUGCGAAAUGGACUUUCCCAACAUUGUAAAGUGCAUGGCCGAUGGAAGGAAUCAUAUGCCAUGCUGUGAGAAACGAGGGGUUCCGGAUUUAUGUCAGGAUAUGUGUCGAGGGGAGUACACUCCAUUUACGGAUUAUCUCAAGUCGCGUGUAUCCUGUGCUGCUCAUACUCUCCCUGCUCUGCAAUGCAUUCUUCUGGGCAUCCAGCAACUCCCCAGUGAGCCGCAGGAUGUCUAUGUUGAACCUUUAAGUGAGAGAUCCCUCCAGGUUGGUUGGAAUCCACCUGCCAAGCUUGCAUCCUCUGUCAAAUUCUAUCAGGUUAACGUGACACUGAUGCAUAGCUUUGAUCAAGACUGGCUAGCUAAUGAUACAACAUCUGUGAGCGUCUCCGUUCCUGGAGAUGUUCACACCACCUCCAUCAAUGAUCUCAAGCCUUUUACAAUGUACUCAAUCCUAGUAACGGCUAACAAUGACUACGGGUCUAGUCUUCCUAGCUUCCGGAUCCGAGCUUUAACUCUCGAAAGUGGAGAGGCUAAGCAAAAGAACGUGGCGGAAGUUCCUGUGUUACCAGAUGUUCGCGGGUGCUGUGAGAAUGCUGGAAUGACGCACCGGACGUGCUUAGAUAGGAUGUGUGAUCCGAAGAAGGCAGAUUUCACUGAAAUCCCCGACUUGAUGGUUUGUGCACCAUGGGCCAACAUCACAUUCUCGUGCUUGGCCAACAACAUCGAUCACUCACCGUGCUGCAAGAGUCGGGGUAUUCCUGAUUCAUGCCUCCCCUUCUGUGCUGGAACUGUCAAGACAAUCAAUUUUAAUUUUUUCAAGUGCCUUCAAUACAUGUCAGAGUAUAGCAGUUGUCUGCUACAGGGCUAUGGAGUUCUUGCUGGACCUCCAUCGCGACUAAAAGCCCCACUAGUUUCGGCCCACUUUGCAGUGUUAGAGUGGAAUGCCCCUAAAGUUUUGCCCGAUACAGUAAUGUCUUAUCACUUGCACCUGAGAAAAUUGGGUAGUGGUGAGGAGUAUUCUGUUAUGGAGAAGUCUCAUCCGCCUAUGAUUCUAGAAGAUCUAGAAGGAGGUACCUAUUACGAGGCUUUUAUAGUUGCUGUCAAUGCUCAUGGCAAAGGUGGUCCUUCGCCUCGGUUAGUCUUUCAAACUAAACAUGCAAUGGAUGAAGAGAAUGCGGUAGUUGGGUACAAUAUCACAUCCUGUUGCACAGUAUCUGGCCUUUUGCCACAGUGUAUGCCCCUAUGUUCGUAUGAUAUACGGAUGACAGAUUUACAGGCCCUAGCAGGCCUGUGUCAGCCACAGAUGGGAGUUCUGGUCAAAUGCGCAGCUGGUGGACGAGAUCAUUCAGGCUGCUGUGGUAGGCGAGCAGUUCCACCCAAAUGCAUGUCACUAUGCCAUGGAGUGGUAUCGCAAUCAUCACCCGAAUGUUUGCCAUAUGCCGGUAAUAUUUUGCAGUGCCUAGAGGAGGGUACAGGAAAUAUUCCAGGACCCGUUGAAGACCUUCGUGCCACAAGUGUCACUAAUACAACCAUCUCAUUGGCCUGGGAACCUUCUGAAAUGGAUGUCAAUAAUACAGAAGCUAAAGUGAUCGACUACCUAGUUCAAUAUGGCAAGGUUAACAAUAUGACCAUGUAUGAGACCAUCGUUAAAUUAGAAAAUGAACUCAAUACCACGGAAACAGACGUGGAUCUUAACAAUCUUGAGCCGAGUGCCUUGUACAGAAUUUUGGUGGUAGCUAGAGGCGUUCAUGGGGUGUCACUGCCCUCAGCUAUGCUUCUCAUCAACACUUCGCGCGUUGACUAUGCAUCUCAGCUUUUCGGAGCACCUUCACCACCUCAUUCCCUAGCCGUAGCAGCUCACAGUGCUACUUGGGUCACAGUAUCUUGGCAGCCACCUGAAUUUUCGCAUCCACACGAACCUAUAGUCUACAAGUUGUACCACAAAAGCACCUCCGCAGAUCGUUUUGAAGUUGUAGAGACGCGUUUGCUGUGGACGAGGAUUAUGAAUCUUAAGCCUAAUUCCCAACACGUGGUUUAUGUGACAGCAUCUGGAGCUAAGGGUGUCAGUCUUCCUUCUGAAACCCUUGUAGCAUGGACUGAUCCGGCUCUUCCGGCUCAUGUGGAUCCACCAACAAUUCAUCCUGCUGAUAUGGUUGCCGAAGGAGGCUCCAUGACGGUUCUUUGUCUAGCUCUAGGAAAUCCCGAACCUACCAUUAGUCUCUACGUUGGUGGGCAUCUCGUUAGGCAGGAUACUUCUCGUCACAUGGUCACUGUGAUUCACAAUGUAUCUACGGACAUGGAACAUGUUUCAUGCUACGCUGACAAUGGCUACGGGAUACCGAUGCAAGCAUCCAAGAAAGUUAACAUCAGCUAUGCUCCUCGCAUUCAAGCUUCUGAAAUUACAGUAGCUUCUAUUGGGGAGCAAGUUGAUCUCAAAUGUACUGUUAAGGCCAAACCAGCUCCGAAGGCAAUGUUUUGGCGAGAUCAUGAUGGUAGAGUACCUGUGAUUCAGGGAGGAAAUUAUGAUAUGUCUUUAUCAACGGAUCCUGAAGAUUCGUCUCUGUACACAAUGGUUUUGCAUAUAGGCAAACUAGGUGGAUCAGAUAUAGGGGAUUAUUAUUGCCAUGCUCAGAAUGCUUUAGGAUCAAUAACUAGAGCCGUUUCUGUUAGAAUGAGAAAUACCCCAGCUGUUCACAAUAUUUCCGAAUGCUGUACUGCUCAGAACGUUUCCUCAGCCUGCAUGUCAGCUUGCAGCUUCUACAUCGAUAUUGAUGUAGUUAUAGAUCGACCAGAGUGCAUUGUAGACUUUGACAAAUUGAUGAAGUGUGCUGCAGAUGGAUCUGACCAUAGAGCUUGCUGUGCUAGUCAGGAGGUUCCACGGAAGUGUCUCAACUGGUGUCGUGGAGAACCACUUGGGAAUGGUCAACUUUGUGCUGUUCAACAUACAAGAACCAUUAUUGGUUGUUUCCAAUCCAAUCGGGACCUUCUCCCAGGACCUCCCCAAAAUUUAGGGGUAACUAUACUCUCAAAUGAGGAAGUUAUGGUCCGAUGGGAUCCCCCAAUUAAGAAUCCCCAAACAGUCGAGGGAUACCGUGUAUUCUGGCAUGAUGUGAAUCCAAGCACUGAAAGCCUACAGACCACAAUAAAUGGGCUGGGAACCAGUCGAUUGGAUGCCAAGGAGACCAGUAUCCGAAUUGACGGGCUCAAGCAGCACGUUAUGUACGAACUGGUGGUGAAAGCAGGUAAUCAUCAAGGUGCUAGUGUCCUAACUGAGCCCCUGCGUUUCACCCUCGGUGACCAUCACGUUACCUCAGCUUCCCACUCAACCAGUGCAGGAACUAUUAGUGGUGUCUUCGCUGGAAUAUUAGCCAUUGGAUUGGCCGUUAUGGCAAUCUUUCUCUAUAAGCGUCGUCGAGGUGGACUGAAAUCAGCCAAUGGUGUGGCCUUCGAGAAUCCCAGUUACCUCCGUGAGGUCAACAUGGAACACGUUCACAUUCCAGCUGUUUCGGGUGAUUCAACCAAUGAUUCGGGAUGGCGUCAGGAGGUGCUCCAAACACCAGCAACAACGACAAGUGUUGAACAGAAUGCUGUGGUGCCGAUGGCCACUGAGGUCAAUCCAACUCUCUAUGAAGAGCUUAAAUUGGGUCACGAUGGUGCAGGGUUCAAGAGGCUGGUGUCAUAGGACUUAGCCCCAAAUGGUCAUUUACGCACUACGUCUCUAGAGAAAUUUUAAGAACACGCGCAAGAAUCAUGUGCGAUUGUCCAUAAAGUAAGACGAUAACAGUAAUUUUUUAUUAUUUUCCGGCAGAGUGUAUUUUUUGAUAAAUUAUGGUUGGGACAAAUUGCACUUUAAGACAAACAAACAAAAAACUAAGAGAGUGAGAGGAAAAAUAGUGAGUAAAUUUGCAGAAGAUUAACUAACAUUUCAAGAAAGCGCAACUCUCAAUUGAGCUAGAAUACCAAAUUACACAGCAAAUUCCACAAGAAAACCACAGAAAAA